AUGUCGACCUCCGUACCUUACGAUCCAUAUAUCCCCAGCCAGACCACCGGUGACCAGUCGAACUCCCGGACGGCGGCCAUCCAAGCGCAAAUCGAUGACACCGUGGGUAUCAUGAGGGACAACAUCAACAAAGUCGCCGAAAGAGGCGAGAGGUUAGACUCAAUCGAGAACAAAACAGACAACCUUGCAAUCAGCGCCCAAGGCUUUCGCCGCGGCGCCAACCGCGUCAGGAAAGACAUGUGGUGGAAGGACAUGAAGAUGAGAAUGUGCCUCAUUUUGGGUGUGAUCAUCUUGUUGAUUGUCAUCAUCGUGCCUAUCGCUGUGCACUUUUCUUAG